AUGCGCCAAUAUCUCUGUAGAUACCUCACACAGCGCAAGGCAACUUCACAUAUAGUUGAAGAUCUGCCUGAGCGACAGGUACCGCCACCACCACUAGUCGAUCCGACAUCCGCACUACUAACUGAGCCUGCCACAGAUGCUACAGACGAACAAGAAGGCAAAAAUCCAGACAUUAAAAGACUACGAUCACGCUGGGUACAACUGAUUGAACGAAAAUCGUCUGAUAUGCUGUCUACAAUGACUGUCAUUAUCCCCCUCGAGAUCGUCAUAAAGAUUCUAACUCUCGCCACUCGUAGAAGAAAGGAUGCAGCAUCCUGGAUUCGGCUUUGUAGACACACCUACACCCUAUUCGAACGAUUACUGUAUACUAAGGUCGUCUUGCUAGAUGACAACCAUGCAUCCAAAUUCGUGAAAUGCUAUCACCUUCGGCAGGCGCACAGCGAGUCUCUCAGACCAACCACAGCUAUGUUUAUCGGCAAUGGUACCAAGUCUUCCAUGGUGAUGGCGAAUACAUUCGCUAAACUCACGCAUCUCGAGAUCGACGAUCCAGGACUGCUCUGUCGUCUUGACAUGGGCGCCUUCCACCAGUUGACCCACCUGGCGCUGUGGACUGACUUGUCCGACCACCGGCUGCUCCUCCCCAGGCUGGUCAAUCGUCUUCUCCAACUUGCAACGCUGAAAGUGCUUAUUUUCCGUGCAUGGGGUCACCGCUCAUGUGCACGGAGCCUGGAAUACUAUGGACUGUUAGAUCCUCGCAUCGUCAUCGGACCAUCAAAGGUGUAUGUAUGGGAUCAUUUCGGGCAAGGCUCCAUGUUACUUUGGGAACUCGCCGAUGAAAGGACAAACAUUCCUGGCCCUAACCACAGAAAGCACCGUUGCUUCUCAAAUAGCACGUAUGAAAAUCGAUUCAGGGAUUUCAUGGCUCUUCCUCGGGUACCUGAACGCGAUGUAGACCGUGAGCUCGUCCAGUGUUUUGUGGUGGGUAGAUUGUUGGAUGGAACACGGGAAACCAUUUGGAGGCGCAAUGAUUCCAGUGACGACUCAUCAGAGGAGGAGUUGGCUGACGAUGACAAGGAGGAGGAUUCUGCAGACCAUAAUUCCCCGAGCGAUGACGCAGAGGAGGGGUCGUAUAUCGAUGUCACAUAG